AUUGCAAUCCCACCUACAGUUCACCAUGGCAGGUUUGAAUAAUACUUCAAUUUGGCCCACUUUUUCCUUCAUUGGUAUCCCUGGUCUAGAGGCUGCACAUAUGUGGAUCUCUAUCCCUUUCUGUCUCCUGUAUCUGGUGGCACUUGGGGGCAAUGUUCUUCUCCUCCUUCUAGUUAGAGCAGAGCAAAACCUUCAUGAACCCCAGUUUUACUUUUUGGCUAUGUUAGCCCUCACUGAUCUAGGCCUUUCAUUGUCAACCAUGCCUAGUGUCUUGGCCAUCUUCUGGUUUGACAUCCAUGAAGUUGGUCUGGAUGCCUGUCUGACUCAAAUGUUCUUUAUUCACACUCUCUCCUCCGUAGAAUCAGGUGUUCUGGUGGCCAUGGCUUUUGACCGCUUAGUUGCUAUCUGUGCUCCACUAAACUAUACAAGGAUCCUGACCCACCACGCUGUUGUUUGCCUCAGUGGUGCUGCCUUCAUACGGGGAGCCACGCUAUUGGCUCCUCUGCCUUUUUUCCUCAGGACAUUUCCUUUCUGUGGAACCAACAUCCUCUCACACUCCUACUGUUACUACCCAGAUAUGCUGAACUUGGCUUGUGGGGAUGUCACAUUCAGCAGUGUCUAUGGGUUGGUCUGUGUAGUCUGCACAUUCGCGGUGGAUGUGAUCUUCAUCGUAGUCUCAUACAUGAAGAUCUUGGGCACUGUGAUGAAAUUGGGGAUCCAAGAUCGAAACUGGAAAUCCCUGCAAACCUGCGCCUGUCACCUCUGCACGGUGCUGGUAUUUUAUUUACCACUCAUCAGCCUUGCCGUACUGCAUCGUUACACCCAGGAGACUUCUCCACUUCUCUACACCACCAUGAGCAACGCCUACCUCCUCAUGACCCCACUGCUAAACCCUCUGGUUUAUAGUCUCAAAUCCAAACAGAUCCAAGCUGCCCUGCGUAAGCGAUUUGGGGUACAACGUGUUGUUGCUGGGGAAUGAGAAUUUUCUAUAUAUGAGAAACUGCAAU